AUGAAGAUCAAGCAUCAGUUCACUUCGGUUGAACACCUACAAGCAAAUGGGCAAGCAGAAGCAGCCAAUAAAGUCAUACUAGUCGGAUUAAAGAAAAGGCUUCAAGAUGCAAAGUGGGCUUGGGCAUAUUGGACUAUGCCUCAGUCUGCCACGGGAGAAACACCCUUCCGACUUGCUUAUGGCAUAGAAGCCACGAUACCAAUUGAAGUCAGCAAGCAAAGUCUAAGGGUGAGAUUCUAUGAUGAGGUCGGCAAUCUUCAAGCACAUAAAGAAAAACUCGAACUACUCCCUGAAGUCCGAGAACAGGCCCAGAUAAGGGAAGCAGUGCUCAAGCAAAGGAUGACAAGUAGAUACAAUAAAAAAGUCAUUCGUAGAAGUUUCGCCUCAGACGACUUGGUCCUGAUUAGGAAAGACAUAGGUGUAAACAAGUCAGGCGAAGGAAAGCUCACUGCCAACUGGAAAUAG